AAAAUAGCAGUAUUCUGCUGCUCAAUGGGUCUGUGGCAGCGUCUUUGGACAUCUGGGGUCACACUUUUGCGAUCGGACCUGUCAUCCCGCAUGUGAGGCCAGUCGAUCGAGUCCGAGUGGCUGAAAGAUGUCGACGGUGAACCUUACAGUAAAAUGGGCUGGAAAGGAGUAUUUGAUUCCUGACUUGCCGCUGCACGCUUGCGUGAUGGACUUGAAGCAUGCGAUUUUUGAAAAAACGGGGGUACUCCCUGAGCGACAAAAACUUGUCGGCGUCAAGUGCAAAGGAAAGCCAGUAGCAGAGUCAGUGCGUCUUACAGAUCUUAAACUAGAGCCAAACUCCAAGAUCAUGAUGGUUGGGAGCCUGGAAAAAAGUAUUCAGGAUGCGUCUACUCCUCCAGAUGAUCUUCCAGAUGUUAUCAAUGACUUGGAUGAUGACGAAGAUGACAAGGAUGUACCAAUUGAAAACCGCGAGGAGUUCCUAAACAAGAUUCAAAAGCGAAUCAAAAGCUACAAAAUCAAGUGGCUGAAUGAAUCAAGGCCAGGCAAACGGCUGCUUGUGCUUGACAUCGACUACACCAUCUAUGAUCAUCGAACGACUGCUCAGUCCAUAGCAGAGUUGAUGAGACCUUUCCUUCACGAGUUCCUAACAUCGGCAUAUGAGGACUAUGACAUUGCAUUUUGGUCUGCAACUAACAUGAAGUGGAUUGACGCUAAGCUUUGGGAGCUCGGUGUGACUCGCCACGAACAGUACAAGAUUGCAUUCCUCGUGGAUUCUGCUGCCAUGAUCACCUUGCAUACAUCAAAAUACGGUGUAGUCGAUAUCAAACCACUGGCACUGAUAUGGGGCCUUGUUCCAGCCUACCGUCCCGAGAACACCAUCAUGAUUGAUGACAUCCGUAGAAAUUUUCUCAUGAACCCACAGUCUGGUCUGAGGGUGAAACCAUUCCGGAAUGCACAUCGUCACCGAUCCACUGACCGUGAGCUACUACGACUGGGCCGGUACCUGAAAGACAUAGCAUGCUCAGUCGAUGACUUCACUGAACUCAAUCACCGCAACUGGGAAACCUACAUGCCAAAGACACUACGGUCAUCUGUGACAGAGUCAGCUGAGCCAACACUGCCUGCAGUGAUGAAGUCUGAAGCUCCUGCAUCUGAUGAUGGGAAUGAUGAACCACAAGCGUGAACCAUGUUGUGCGGAACUAUUGUGCAUCAGAGUGUUUUUAUUCCUUUUCAGUGCUGAACUACUGACUCAAGGGUGCAUAGUAGCUUCUUCUGGUGGGCAGUGUCAUGGUGUGAAAAUUAUUGAAGGCUUCAAUCUCAUAAGUUGCAUUUAUAAUCAUCCCUUGCAGACCUCAACAGUGAAGUUUUGUUCAAUACCAUUCCACGUGUGCAGUUAUGUGGAGUAAUACUGUGAUUGCUCGUUGAGGUCGCAGUGUGUAUGUUUGCGUGUGAAUGUGUGCUUGUUUGGUCCUUUUGCAGAAGUCAUGUGGAGGGCUUUUUACAAAUGCCUUUAAACCUUCUGAAAGGUAUUUUAGGUGUUUCUUAUGCUCCAAAGGCUGUGGGUGCCACAACACAAAUAGGUAUGGAAAUAAGGCUUUUUUUUUUCAGUUUUGUUACUUUUUCUUUCGUUAGUACCAAAGCUUAACAAAUAUGACUAUGUACGAUUCAAAUAAGAGUGUAUUAUGCUGAUUAAUUUGUGUUACUUUAUUAAACCAGUAUGAUAAGAGAACGCCUUCUCUUCUUAGUGGUUGUGUAAGCUCAUAUGGCAUGAUAGGAUGCAACGUUAUGGCAUAUAAGGACUUUUUUUUGUUAUUGAGUACCUAGUGGGAAAAGCUACAAACCAAUUACAUCCUUUUAAUUUACAUGACUGGCGUAUAUAGAUGUCCAUAGAAGAGAAGUUAAUUUCUGCUUGGAAACUGCGUGCUGCAAUGCAUGGCCAAUGGGCUCUGAGCGUGGU